GGCAGGAGUGAUGGGAUGACCGAGCUGCCCAGAUAAACUCUUCUGUGCUCUGCAUCCUCCCGCUACCACUGCGUGGGCUGGACUGGAGGUCUCCCCCUAAGCGAGUGGCAAAGCUGCAGGCCCUUCCUCAAAAAGGUGGCUCCAGGGUCUCCUCCCCAUCCUCACCUACCUGCCACCAUCCAGCCCUUGAUCCCCUCUGAGCAUCAGGAAAAGGUCCCUGCAGUCUGACAGGAAGAUGCCAGGGGGAUUGAACAUCUCUUCUGACAGCCCGGAGCUACGAGCAGCAGGGAUUAUUGUGCCCAUCAUCUUCUCCCUCAUCUUCCUUGUGGGUACUGUGGGAAAUGGGCUGGUGCUGGCUGUGCUGCUGUGGAAUGGCCAAGUCAAGUACUCCACCACCAACCUCUUCAUCCUCAACCUAGCUGUGGCUGACCUGUGCUUCAUCAUCUGCUGCGUCCCCUUCCAGGCCACCAUUUACACCCUGGAUGGGUGGCUCUUUGGGGCCUUUGCCUGCAAGGCUGUGCAUUUCCUCAUCUACCUCACCAUGUAUGCCAGCAGCUUUACCCUGGCUGCUGUCUCUGUUGACAGGUACUUGGCCAUUCGCUAUCCACUGAAGUCCCGGGACCUCCGCACAUCCCGAAAUGCAGGAGUGGCCAUUGUGGUAAUCUGGUCCCUGUCGAUGCUCUUCGCAGGGCCUUACCUCAGUUACUACCAGAUAAUCCAUUACCAUGGUGUGCCCAUCUGUGUCCCCGUCUGGGAGGACCAGCGCCGAAAGGUUCUGGACAUCCUCACGUUUGUGUUUGGAUACCUGCUGCCCGUGACCGUGGUGAGCCUGGCAUACUCUAGGACCAUCAAGUUCUUGUGGACUUCUGUAGAUCCCAUAGAAAGAAUCUCAGAGUCUCGGAAAGCCAAGCGUAAGGUCACCAAGAUGAUUGUCACAGUGGCCAUCCUGUUCUGCCUCUGCUGGCUCCCCCACCACCUGGUCAUCCUCUGCUUCUGGUUUGGCCACUUUCCCUUCAACCGGGCCACUUACGCUUUCCGCCUGGCUUCCCACUGCCUUUCCUACACCAACUCCUGCCUCAACCCCAUUGUCUACGCCCUCAUCUCCAAGCAUUUCCGCAAGCGUUUCAAGCAGGCCUUCACCUGCCUCUUCUUCCAGAACAAGAUCAGGAAAAAGAAGAAGAAGAGGGUUGGAAGGAAAGUCCAUAUGGUCAAUGUGGAAAGAGGUUUUGCCAACAGGACAGGAGAUUUCUGUGGAGGUAACACUGAGGUGACUCAAGCCCCAGAAGAGAACACCAGGAAGAGGGAUCAUGAAGGUGCCAGUUGUACCAGAGCCUGGACUCAGCAGGUACAAGAUGCCAUGGUCUCUGUUCAGAAGGAGCUACUGGAGGAGGAAAUUUUGGCAACAGCUGGCCAUUCCCUAGAUGUGACCCCUCUAAGAGGAACUGUUGGACAAGAUCAAGAAGAAGCCCUAGAAAAGGGCUAGAGAGGCAAAAAAGUAGUCUCUAUUUGCAUCUAAUUUUCUGACCACAUCACAGUGGUUUUGCUUUCCUCCAGGAUCAUCGUGCCCACGCCUUAUCCCACUGAGAUGGUUUUAUGUUGGCAGUGAGAGAUGAGCUCGCUCAUUCAGACCCAUUAAACUGAGUUCAAGUCCCCCAGAACUCCUCAAACACCUCCUCUCGUGAUCCUGUAAUCAUGUCUGAGACCUGUCAUCAUCCCAGCUCAAUAUUCACAGUAAACUUUAAGUGACUGCAA